UCGCUCAUGGAACCGUUGAUGUUAAUAAAUCGGUCAGGACAUAAAGUCACCAAUGAAUAUAUUCCGAAUGUAAAUUAGUUGUAAAGUAGUUAGUAUAGAGCUAACAUGAUGACUUUGUUCUGUACGUGAGAUUAUACUUCAGGGCGGGGUGAACCAAUUUCUCCACCAUCAGUGACCGGGCGAGAUUGUGACGUAGUUGUCCUGCCCAUUGUCGGUGCUUUAGAAAUCUUGACAUCCAACUUCUCACCACUUGAAUGGAAGAGCCAGUGACCGGAACGCCGAGCUGAGACAGGUUUAUUAUAAUCCAGUAACAUCAAUCCUGGUUUAUAAUCAUUGGCCGCUGUGAAAGACGGCUGGUCUGACGGACGGACAUGCGGACGGUUCAUGCCGCCGGCUACCUGUAAACAUGAAGUUAGCAAAGUUUGUGGUGGUAUCCCCAAGAGAGUAGCCAGAAGUUGAACACCACGGAGAGAACAAGACGCGCUCAUCUCGCAGAUUAAACGGUGACAAGAACGACAACCGUGUCCAAACAAUAUCAACUCGCUCACUGCGUCGUCGUCGUCGUCAACAUGAGGAACUACCCCCAAUGCAUUGCAAGGUCACCCGUCAUUACAUAUGCUGUUUUCUUCUUAGCGGCUGCCCAAAUACCAUGCAUCUGCAGUGUGAUUAUCUCCCUUGAUGUUACCAAGCUUACUGUUUCCAACACAACCGAGCUUCCAUCUCUAUCCUCCAUCCGUCCCUCUUCACUUCAAAAAGAUAGUCUCCUGCGUGAUAUGUUUAGUAGAUUAUGCAAGUUUCAUAACAACAUCCUCUGUUCUGGUCACUACCGACCAUCCUCCAAACAGAUCGCCUUACAUAAGCCUCGUUUUUCUCGUGAUUGGUUCAAUAAUGACCUGAGAACAAAGAAGCGUAAACACAAACACGAUUUCCAGUCAUCUGUCAAACAUUUAACGCUGGGAAAACAACAUGUGACUCCAAAACCAGCUACUCUGCGAACAAUCCUAGACUUUACACCCAGUUUAUCUGCGAAACUUCGCCCAUUUGGAGAUAAGGGAGGGUCAAUGCCUACAGACCUCUCAUCUUCGUUCCUUAGUGUUCAUCUGCCAAAAAUUGGUAAACGAGGACCUUUCAGGUACAACAAGAAAGUGUUUGUUUAUGGCGAGGACGACCGCUCCCCUGUGUUUGCUUCAAGUAUGAGGCGAUAUCCUUACUCUAACGUCGUGCGCUUGUCUAGUGGAUGUACUGGGACGCUACUGACGCCGCUUCAUGUCCUAACUGCUGCUCAUUGUGUUCACAACGGAGAGGAAUUCAGGAACAAUCUUCAGAUGCUGAAAAUUGAGGUACCGGAUACUAUGGGUUUCCGUGUGUAUUACAUUGAGAAAAUCAGCAUUCCCAAGCAGUGGUCACGCCAGAGUUUUAUGGGGGAGACGGCAAGAUCUUCUUAUGACUACGCCAUCGUAAAACUCAGUUUUGCUGUAGCAGGAAGAAAACGUUUCAUGCCUUUGUCAGUACCUAAAGGCAACAUUUUGAAUGAAGAUACAUUUUUUCUGGCAUUUAAGUCACUAAGUGAUCCAAUGCUUUGGAGCUCGCAAUGUCACUCUCGUUCCAACAUGGCGCUGAUGGACGGACACCUUCUUCUGACGCGAUGCGACUCUUCUGUCGGCAACUCCGGUGCUGCUGUCUUCACAGAUGAUCCUAGAGAGGGAAAGAAAAUAAUCGGCAUAAUCUCCAACACCAGAUCCGUUGCUAGUAUGAGUUUCGUAACACGCUACAGCAUCAUCACAGCUCUGACAUUGGGGAAACUUUGGGAAAUUUGUUCCAUGAUGGCUCCGUACGGUCAGCGAUAUCGUGUGUGUCCAACCUUCAAAUAUUUACCUUAUGCCAGAAAUGAACCAGUAGACAACAGAAUUAUACCUUUCUUCGGCUGAGGUCUCCACCACAGAGGUAACGAUGGUUUUUUCACACUGACUCGCAGUCAGAAUCUUUGUCUGCUUCUCACCUAAUCUCAUAGACGAGACAAUUCGUGAGCAGACGAAAAGAGGUGUUCAAACUGCAGUACACCAUGGCUUCUGCUUCCGGGAAGGUUGAUGGCCUGAGAAUUGACCAGAUGUCCAAGGUCUGAAGUCAACAAUGCGUUUGAAUGACAGUUUCGUAAUGACAUGAAUAUGACUGCAUCCUUUGAGCUUUCAUGUGAUCUGUUAGAAUAUAAAUUGUACCUGACACAGGCGAUGCUUUUGAAUUGAUAUAUGAAUACGAUCCUAUUGAAGGACGAGGUUGUAUCGACCAAUAUGUACAGAAUAGUAUAUAUAUAACUUGUACACUAGCUGUCUGCUUCAUUAUAUGUCACUUUGGUUGUUUUGUUCUUGCGUUAUAUAUGUAAAUUAUAUAGUGACACAACUAACAAUGGACACUUGUGUAUAAAUCAAACAUACAUUAAUAUACAUAUUCCUUUCAAAAUUGGUAGCAUCUACAUGAAUGAAAAAGAAAACACACAUCUUGUCAUUUACUCUGCCAAAGCAGCAGUGUUGUCUUUGGUAUCGGAAGCAUUAUUUCGAUGAACAUACACUAUCGAGAAUGCUUAUAUUCGGGCUAUAUUUAGUUAGUAAUGGUGAGUGGUUCACAAUCCCUCAGUUAUGAUAACAAGACGGGUUUUUUUAUAAAGUAUAAUUAAUUUUCGUCUACCGCUGUGAAUUGUAUGUGGUAACUUACAAAACUUAAGAAGACAGUUGUUUUUGAAGUGAUAGAUUUGUCUUUGUAAGGAAAGUAAUAAUUGCCUUUGGUGUCCCUCAGCAAACACUAUUCAACAUGCCGCCGUUAGAACGCGGGUUUUAUACAAACGCUUUCUUGGGAUUUUGCCAACAUCUGUUUAUUCCAACACAUCCCUUACAACUGAGGAAGUUCCGUCCAGAGGAUGGAUAAUUGGAAAUGUUCCAUUUGGUCACAACAAAUAAUCCAUGUUUCAUCCAGGCGACAAUAAGAAAAUAGUUUCUGAUUAGCUACAGGCAUUUUUAAAAUGUAUAAUCAAAUGGCAGAAUGCCAAUGAAAAAAGCAGAGUUGAUAUCUGUUUCCUUCAUUUGAGCUUUAGGAGAGAUGUUUUCGAUAUAUAAUUCAAUCCAGUACAUGCAGUGGUACUUCUUUUAAAAAUUGAAUAUGACUUGGGGUGGUACAGUAUAGGCUAUAGUGAAAGGAAGAGCAAGAACUCAAGGAUUGUCAUCUGUUUUUGUUUUAGAUACAUUUGGAAGCAGUGUCACAUAUUGUUUUUCACUAACUAUUUGUUUACGGGAAACUCACAAAUAAAUAUAAUAAAGAAAAAUAAAUUGAUACGGACUAAAACGAACAUUUAACAUACAUUACUUACAAAAUAUUUAAUUAAUGACAAUCAAUUGAUAAACAAUUAAAUAUGCGAUCUUUUCGAUCUUUGGAGUACUGCUAUUAUUUUUGAUGCAAGUAACAGAAUAAAAUAAACUAUCUGCUUUUAAGUGGCGGCAGUUGACUAGUCUGCAGAUUGAUUUAGUUCUAAGUAAAACACGUACAACAUGCCUUGUGCCAGUCUGUAUACGACACCAUACCUCAACAAUCCAGUCUUAACAUGGUCUUGUCCACGCCAACUAAAAGGUUCUAAUGACAUGUAUGUACAUACUUAUUUUGUCAUUUUUUUGUUUUUGUUUAAUCAACUGUACUGGAUGCUAAAUGCGUGGGGGUAUGCCUUAUAUAAAACAUCCUUAAGUA